AUGCCCGUAGCCCCGACCGAGCAUUCGGCGUGCGCCGCACCCGCUCAAGACGCCGAGGUAGUGGCACUCCCGGCAGCUUCCCACGUCCCGCUUGUUCCAGCCCUAGAGGAGCAGUCAUCUGCUGCCGGUCCGGCUAAGCAGCAGGCCACCGCGGACAAGCCAACAACAGCGAGCUCCCAAGUAUUGCUCGCAACGUUUGCGGGGCACGUAGACAAGCAAGCCACACCCAAGCCACCCGAAGACGUCAAGGCCGAAACUGAGGUGUCAGGAGUCGCGGCUGAGGCCUCGGGCUCGACGCCUGCUGCUCCGAUUCCGUCCGAGGCGGGUGGCUGUGCCUCGAAAGAAGAUGCGCGACCGUCCUCCGCCGCUGCAGCUCACGUCUCGUCGGCCGCCGAGGUAGUGGCACUCCCGGCAGCUUCCCACGUCCCGCUUGUUCCAGCCCUAGAGGAGCAGUCAUCUGCUGCCGGUCCGGCUAAGCAGCAGGCCACCGCGGACAAGCCAACAACAGCGAGCUCCCAAGUAUUGCUCGCAACGUUUGCGGGGCACGUAGCCAAGCAAGCCACACCCAAGCCACCCGAAGACGUCAAGGCCGAAACUGAGGUGUCAGGAGUCGCGGCUGAGGCCUCGGGCUCGACGCCUGCUGCUCCGAUUCCGUCCGAGGCGGGUGGCUGUGCCUCGAAAGAAGAUGCGCGACCGUCCUCCGCCGCUGCAGCUCACGUCUCGUCGGCCGCCGGUGCCGAGGCGACGGUGCUCUCUCGCCCGCCGGCGAAAGACGUUCUCGGCGCUGGCGUGACCUCUGCGCAGGACACCGUGCUCGCCAGCGGCACGCAAGCCGUCACGUCGCCUCCCGUGCCUCCUUUUAAGCGGACAAUGAUCUUGCGAGAAAGGCUCAAGGUGAGCACUAUCUUGAGUCCCAUCUCACUCCACCUGACAUCUUUCGAUGUGGCCGCCAUGGUAAGAGCCUAG